AUGGACCAGCCACGACACAGACGACAGCUGUGGAUCGAUGCAGAUCCUUCCGGUCUUGUGUGGACAGGCCUCGACUGCGAUGAUGACCUCGCCAUCUUGGCAGCGCAGGGCCUGGAGGCCGCCGGGGAGGCGACCGUGGCAGGCCUGUCGAUCUGUGCAGGCAAUGCACCGCUGCUGCACACCUGGGAAAACGCGAAGACCCUGCAGUCCGUGGCAAACUUCCACUGGAAUCUUUCGAAAGGCGCAGGUUGGAACACUAUGCAGCCGGCAUGGGCCUCCUUGCGUACGCUGGCGCGCUGCAUCGACGAGGAGGAGUCCAGCGAUGCUGCCGAGGCCAUCAUCCGCGCCGCUGCGGCCUUGCCAGCUCGCAGUCUCACGGUCUUGUGCCUCGGCCCUCCAAGUAACCUGGCGCGCGCCCUGCGUCGUGCUCCCUGGCUCGCCGAACACCUCGAGAUGGCCGUGCUCAUGGGCGGCGAGCUCACGCAAAGCAGACUGGAUCUGAACUUCAUGACGGACCGGGCAGCUGCACGCGAGAUCCUGGCUUCGAGCUUGCCGACGAUGCUGGUCCCCAUCCAGACUUGCGCGCAGGUGGCUGUGACCCCGGCAUGGUUGCGGCGUGUUGAGCAGUGUCCGCCACGUGCCGUGGCUCGUCGGAUCUUGCCCAAGAUGCGACUGCAGACCUGGUUCAUGCCCAAGUUGGUGAAUCGCCGGGUGAAGGCUCAGGCACUGCCGGGAAGGCCCACAAGCCCUGGGCUGCAAAGUGGCUUCAUCCCCUGGGAUCUUGUUGCCCUGCUGGCCACCAGCCGCCCUCACCUCUUCAGUUGGGAUGUCUGGGCCGUGGAGCUGCCUUCCUGCGAGCGCUCGCUCGGGGAGCCCUGCGACGGGACCAUGCGAUCCACGCUGCUCCAGAGCAACGUGUCCGCUCACGAGACAUCGCGCCUCGCGGCCAACGCUGCUCUCAUCCCGUGGAUUCGAGUCGAGGAAGGGGCGGUCCUGGAGCAGAUGCUGGAGCUGCUGUGCAGUGUUCACGGAUCUGGACCCGAGACAAGGCUACAGCUGGGCUUCCUUCCUCAGCUCAGCCUGGCGGCGCUCCUGAUUCUCGCGGCAAUUGCCUCCGCGGCACGUGUCUGCACUGCUCUCUGUGCAAAGCUGGUCUCUCGGAUGAGGCCUCCGAACAUUCACGGCCCAUCAAAGCAGGAGAAGACGGAUUAA